UGCGAGGGGAGCGGAGGACAUUGUUUGCCUGUGACUGUGGGCAACGGAAAAGCAUGAGUUAUCAGGGCAUGUGUGAGUGUGUUUAGAAAGUGUGUUUGUAUGCAAGCAUGUGUGAAUGACUGGACGUGAUUGAGUGUGUGCUGGAGGGAGCAUGCGUGAGGUGCCUUCAGUUUGGGGUGUUGGAGCUGGGAGGCCGUUCAAAGGAUGCUCAAACAAAGCUGGGGUUUUUUUUUCCCCCCCUCUCCCUCUCUCUCCCCUUUUUUGAAUGGUGAUUGAGGACUUGCUGGAUUCCUUUGCUCAUGCUGUUGGGCUGAACUCUGCUUCGGGGUAGCUGAAGGAUCGUCUGCAUGCAUGGCCAAGGGGCCUUACCUCACCAAUCACUUCACUCGCCUCUGGGCUGAAGGAUUAUGGGUAACCUCAUCAGCCGGCCCAGUUGCUUGGGCCAAAAGUCCAAGCAUGUGAGAUCUGAUGAGGCUUUUCUGAAGGAUCGCUACCAACGGCCAAAAGAGUGGCAGCCCACGGAACAACAUGGGGAGGCCAAAAGAGAAGAAGUUCUCAAAGACAAAACCAGGGAGGAUUCAAACAAAGAGAGAGAGGUGGAGAGAGAUAAGGAGGCCCAAGAAACUGAACCCAGAAGAGAGCAGGGAACUCAUACUCCCAUUUCAGACAAACCUGUCAACAGCUCUCCUGCCUCAACGAUCAGGAGUUCUAGUACUCUGGAAAAUGCCUGGCACAGCAGUCCUUCUCCUAUAAAAACAUCCCGAAAUGGGACACUGACAAGGAGGUCUGUACCUCCGGACUUUGCCAGAUCCCCCCUGGCUCACCCAGACAAGAGUGCACAGGAGAGGAGAGCCAGCUUCCAGAGGAGAGACUCUCGGGAGGGAAGCCCCUGGUCUUGGAAGACUGUCGCGUCACGUGAGGUGACAGAAGUGACGGAGGUGACGGAGACGAUCGUAACUGAGAUCGUUGAAGUCACUGAGUAUCCAUCCGGAGACAAAGGAGGGAACCCCAUAGUCACCAGGACCGUUAGAGUCCUGAACGGUGUCGCAGAGGAGCUUGCUGAGCUCCAAAGUGAUGGGCACUCGAGUUCAGAUCAAGAUUCCACCUUGGAUAGAUGGAGGGGAACAAACUCUGCCUUGGCGUUGAAGGAUGUGUCAACAGACUCUGAAACAUUUCUCCAAAACCUGGAAGCACUGCUCACGUGGGUCAGUGAGAUAGAGGAGCUCACGGCCAAUCAGAAACCCCCAUCCUCAGAGGUCAAAGUGGUGAAGGCACAGCUCCAAGAACAAAAGCUAUUGCUCCGCCUCCUGACAGACCGAAGGCGAAGCAUGGACUCUAUGAUGUUGGAAGGCCCUCGGUUGGUGGAGGCCCACCCAGGAGAGGAGGGGGAACAGGCAAAGGUCAAGCUCUCUGCUCUCCAAGAGAAGUGGGAGGCCUUACAACUGGAGGCUCAACAAAGGAGGGCAAGCCUGGAGCUCAUUCUGCCCCGGGCCCAGCUCUUCCAAGAAGGAGUGGACGGUUUGCAGCAAUGGCUCAUGUCUGUAGAGCAGAUCCUCGCUGAGCUAAGAAAUGCGGAGAGAGUGAUGCUGCAUCUGUCAGAGGCAACAGAUCGAGCCAAGGUUAUUGUUGAAGAGAUUCAUGCCAAAACUGCAGACCUAGUGACAAUACAGAAGGCAGGUCAUGAUCUAAUGGAAACAGUGUCAGAGGAGGAAACACAGCAGGUGCAAGAAAAAAUGGACACUCUGCGUAUCCGCUGCUCUGUGCUGAGUCUAAGCAGUCUGGACGUGCUGCAGAGGCUGGAACAGGCCCUGGAAGCAUCCAGUCGUUGCACCUCCAGUCAGGAGGACCUCCACUUGUGGCUGGGCCGCAUUGAGAGGGAGCUGCUGGGGACAGCAGGAGUGCAGACGCACACUGGAGAUGCAUCGCUGUGUGCAGCUGAAAGACAGAGGCUGGAGCAGGCAGUGGUGAAGGAGAUGGCUUGGUUCAAAGACACAGCCCUCAAUCUUGAAAAGCUGAAAACCAUCAACCUGGAUCCAACAUUCAUAGCAGAACAACUCUAUGAGCAGAAGAUUUUAGCGGUGGAGAUUCUUCAACACCGGUUCAAUAUAGAGAAGAUGGUGAAGAUCACAGAAAUCUUGAUGACAUACAAUGAUGAAGGAGAAAACAGUGACUUUAGGACUCCCAUGGAGGUUUUACAGGAGCAAUGCAACACCACCUCUGCCACGAACGCCCAUGUGGUCCUGCAGCUUGAGCAUGCUCAGUCGCUUCUUCUCCAGUUCUCCGAGGGGCUGGUUGAGGUUUCGCCUUGGCUUGAAGAAACUCAAACCCUUAUUGGCGGGCUCUCUCUCUCUACAAUUAGCUACGAGGCAUUUCGGGAACAACAGGACCUUUUGCAGGGUUUGAGGGAGUCCAUAGCAGAGCACAGACCUUUGAUCGCACGCUUAUGCUCUCUGGCAAAGCGCCUGUCAGAACUAAACCCCGUUCAAGGGGAUCAGUUCUGUCGUAAGGCAGCAGAGGCCGAGGAGCACCACCGGGCCAUCAGAGACCAUGUCCGGGAGACCGCCAACCUACUGGAGGAGUCUUUGCCUCGGUUCAUGCAGCUCAAUGAGAGGAUGACUCUCAUCCGAGAGAGCCUCGACCGCCUAAGCAGUCGCAUACAGACACCCGCUGCGCUUCAAGGUCUCACACCGCGGAUCCAGGAGCAGCUGCAGGACAACAAGCAAACCUUGGCUGAGUUAUCGAAGCUGGAGCUAGGCCUCAGCAGUGUGAGAACACAGGCUGACGAACUGUUGGCGAACACCCAGGCAGCUGGGGAUGGAUCCAUUGGCACAGCAAUUCAAGAGAGGGCGUCCAGUCUGUCCCUGCUGUGGGACGCGACGCACAGUCAGGCCCAGGAGAGGGAAGCCUGGCUCCUGAAACUGUUGGACCUCGCCAUGAAGUUCUGGAGCGACGUCAGCGACAUCACCGCAACGCUCAGCGACGCUCAGCAGGCAGUCAUGGAUCUCAACGCCAGUCGGACGGAUUCUGAAACAAUCCGCCAGAGCCUGGAGACCAUGCAGACUCUCAGGGAGGAUAUCGACGGCUUGCAGGGAGAUCUGGACAUCCUUGGCGUCCUGGGAAUGGACCUCAUGUCAGCAUGUGGCGACACCGACAAGCCAGAUGUCACCAAGAGUUUAGAUGAGCUUUACAGCACAUGGAACAACUUGAGCAAACUGUGGAACGAGAGUCACAAGAAACUGGAGGAGUCCUUACAGAUGGCGCUGCGCUAUCAAGACACCAUGCAGGGUCUGUUUGAGUGGUUGAAGUCUGCGGAGUUGAGGUCUACAGAGGAGUUCAUGGUGGGGAAUGACCUGGAAUCAGUCAAAGAGCAGCUGUGUGAUCUCAAGGAAUUCAAGCGUGAACUUUACCAGAAGAAGAUCGAGAUCGAGAGCCAGAAUCACCGCUUUGUGUGUCGGCUGUCUCCCGGCUCGGAGCGCCCCGGCUCAGUUUCUCCGCUCUGCGACUUCAGGCAGCGCUGGGACAGCCUGGAGUCAGAGACUGUCAGCAGACAGCAUCAGCUGGAGUGCGCUCUGCUGGGUCUGGGGCAGUUCCAGAACACGCUGGACGAGCUGUGCACGUGGCUCUCGCGCACUGCCGAACAGCUGCAGGCCGGCCGACCAAUCAGCAUCGACCUUCAGGCCUGUGAAAUCGAGCUGGCUAAACAUAAGGUGUUGCGGAACGACGUCAUGUCGCAUGUCCGCACCAUGGAGUCCCUCAACCAGGCGGGCAGGGGCCUGCUGGAGGUCGGGUCAGGAGACCACCCGCACGGUCUGCAGUCUCGGUUGGAGCAUCUGAACGACAGCUGGGAGUUUGUUCGCUGUGAGACUGAACGCAGGCAGCUGGAGUUAGAGAGCAGACUGAGUCAGGUGCAAGAUGUUACAAUGGAGAUUCAGGAUCUUCUGCAGUGGCUGGAGAACACUGACCUGAGACUCGCCUCCUCCAAAACCAUGUGGGGAAUGCCGGACUCCGCAAAUGAAAGGCUUAACGCCCACCUGGAGUUGUGCACUGAGAUGGAGUCAAAGCUCCACUCGUUCACGGAUGUGAAGAACGCCAUCCACCGGAUGCUGGAGAGCAGCGACGUCGUCCGGGGUUCGAGUACCGAGCACAGUUUAUCUAUCCUGGAACAGAAAUGGGCGUCGGUUUACUGCAAAGUCCAAGAGCGAAAGGCUAAGCUCAUGGAGGGUCUGAGUCUGGCCAAGGAGUUCCACAGCAGCGUUCAGGACCUUCUCACCAAAAUGAACAAGUGUGAGGAGUCCAUUGAACUCCUUCCUGCUCCCAGCUUUGUUCUGGACACAGUCUGCACUCAGCUGCAGGACCACAGAACCCUGGUGAAUGAGGUGAACUGUUAUGGCGAGAAGAAGAUCUUAGUGGAAAACACCGGCUGCAGACUGACAGAGCUGAGCAGAAAGGAAGACUGCGAUGUGAUCCAUAACCUGAUCAUGGCCGUCCAGGAUCGACACAAGAAGCUGCAGCAGCGAGCGUCAGAGAGAGGCCGGCUGCUGGAAGACGUUAGAAAGAACGCAAAACAGUUUAGUGAAUCCUGGCGCCUCCUGCUGGACUGGAUGACCGAGGUGGAACAGACGCUGGACACUCAUAAAGAGAUUGCUGUGUCCCACGAGGAGAUCAAGCAGCAGCUGACUGAGCAGAAGGAGUUCCAGAAACUGCUGAGAUCCAAGCGGCCGAUGUACGAGGCCACUCUGAAGAGCGGGCGCAGCCUCCAUGAGCGCGCUCAGAGCGGCCACGACAGGCAGCAUCUGGAGAACCUGCUGGCCGAGCUCAAAGACGCCUGGGACACCAUCAGCGGCAAGUCCAUGGAGAGGCAGCAUAAGCUGGAGGAAGCGCUGCUGUUCUCAGGAAGGUUCACCGACGCUCUGCAGGCGCUGAAUGACUGGCUGUACAGGGCCGAGCCUCAGCUGGCCGAGGACGUGCCCGUGGGCGGAGACAGAGACAUGGUCAACAAUCUCAUAGACAAACACAAGGCCUUCCAGAAGGAGCUGGGGAAGCGUGCCGGGUGCAUUCGGACCCUGAAGCGCUCUGUGAGGGAUCUGACCAGGAGCAGCACCGCUGACGCUCACUGGCUGCAGGAGCAGAUGGACGAGCUGGAGGGCCGCUGGGAGGCCGUGUGCAAACUGUCAGUCAGCAAGCAGGACAGGCUGGAGGCGGCGCUUCAGCAGGCUGAGAAGUUUGAUGGCCUUGUUCACUCGUUCAUGGAGCGACUCACAGAGGCAGAGAGGAUCUUGAAGUACGGCGUCAUACCAGAGGAGGAGGAGGCUUUGCUUGCCUUCCGCAAACAACACGAGGAGUCUCUGGGAGCGCUGCAGGCUCAGGUUGUAGAGUUGGAGAGCAUCCAGAGUUUAGGGGAGAUGAUCCUGGCCUCUUGUCACCCGGACUCCAUCAUCACACUCAAAUCUUGGAUCAGUGUAACCAAGACUCGCUAUGAAGAGGUUCAGACCUGGGCUCAGCAGCAGGGCCAGAAAAUCCAGGCCAGCCUGGCAGCCCUGGAAGCAGAGCGAGAGGAGGUCCAGAGAUUACUGGACUGGAUCUCCUCGGCGGAGGAAGCCCUCAACGUCCGAGAUCAGGAGCCGCUGCCCGAAACCACCGAGCACACCCAGGAACUCAUCGAGCAGCACACCGUAUUCAUGGAUGAGUUGAAUAAAAAGUUCCCAGAGGUUGAACAUGCUACAAAAUCAUGCAAACUGAAGAACAUCCCGAAGCAGCACGUUUCCCCCAGCAAGCGACCCCUCACCAAGAGGAGGAGCACUCUGAAGAUGCAGCCCGUGGCCCCCGUCCCCCUGGAGCACCUCGACCCCGACCCCGAGCUCAGCCAGCUGAUCGGUCAGUGGCAGAAGCUCUGGCUGCUGGCCGUGGCCAGACAGAACCGGCUGGAACAGCAUCAGCAGAUGCUCAAAGAGAUGGAAGAAUUUGCUAACUUUGACUUCAAUAUUUGGCGGAAGCGGUACAUACAGUGGAUUAGUCACUUGAAGUCUCGGAUCUUGGACGUGUUCCGCAGCAUCGACCGUGACCAGGACGGCCGCAUCAGCCAGAAAGAGUUCAUCGAUUAUGUCCUCGCCUCCAAAUUUCCAACCAACUCUCUGGAGAUGAACGCCGUCGCGGGAAUCUUCGACAUGAACAGCGACGGCUUCAUUGACUACUACGAGUUUGUGAGCGCGCUCCAUCCCAGCAGGGACCCCUACAGGAAAACACUGGAUGCAGAUCAGAUCAAUGAAGAGGUGAGCCGACAAGUAUCACAAUGCAACUGUCCAAAGAGGUUCCAGGUGGAGCAAAUCAGUGCCAACAGAUACAGGUUUGGAGAUUCUCAGCAGUUGCGGAUGGUUCGAAUCCUGCGAAGCACGUUGAUGGUCCGAGUCGGAGGAGGAUGGACCGCACUGGACGAGUUCCUGGUCAAGAACGACCCCUGCAGAGUGAAGGGUCGGACCAACCUGAAGAUCAAGGAGAAGUACCUGUCCCCGGCAGGAAGCACCUCCAAGGGUCUGACUGUGAGCAGGUCCAACUCCAGCCUCAGCCUCUACAGCAGUGCCUCGGCCCCCACCAGCCCCAUGACCCGCAAGGCGUUGCUCCGCAGAAGCUUCUCCGGCGACCGCUGCAUCCGGCCCAGGAGCUCCAUCGCUGCUCUGGGGUCAGAUCUACAGUUUGUCACAGCGGGGGAGGACAACUCGCCCUCGCCAUCAGAAGAAGCUGAGAGGUUACCCACGUGAUCACCUCUGCCCUGCGAGCACCGCCAGUGUGCUGCAAACUAAACAAAGCGCCGCGGGGCCUGACGCAGGGCGGCCAAGCGAGGGAGACCC